UUAUUAUUAUUAUAUUUUAUUACUAGUAGUAUCAAUAUUUUUUUUUUCAUCGAUUGCAAAAACCUUGACGGGUUGACAACUCCAUUAAUAUAUUUAAUUCAUUAAUUGAGUUCUUUAUUCAUUGAUUCAUCCUUAUAGAUAUAGAAAUUGCUGAUGACAUCUCAGACGUCAUCUUUAGCUAGUUAUCCAACUCAAUCAUUAGUUACAUCUACAUUAAAUGAGUCUUCAUCUUCUACGACAAAUAUUAAAAAAUUUCCAAAUUCUAAUAGUAUAGAUAUCUCUGAUAUAGCGACAACAUCCCAUGGACAAUCAUCUCAAUCAAAUGGGACAGGAGUUGGAAUUGGAUCUGGAUCUGGAUCUGGAUCUGGAUCUGGAUCUGGAUCAAUAUCAAUUAAUUCAAAUAAUGUAUCAGGUCCAUCAUCUCAUCCUCACCCUCAACAACAUACAAGAUCAAUGAGAACUAAUAAACGACUGGAAUUAGAAAGAUUAAUUCGAGAAUUUCAAAAUAAAUUAGGAAAUAAUUGGGAAAAGUAUCAUGAAACUUUAGCAUUAUUUUUAAUUGGGAAAUUAUCAAGAACUGAAUUAGUAUCAAUAAUAACUCCUAUAUUAAAGGAUGGACUUAUAAAAUAUCAUAAUAAAUUAUUAUUAUUAAAUUUUGCUAAUUCUUUAAAAGAUGGUCCAUUAGAUUUUCAAAAUGAAUUUGCAAGUUUUUGGAAUAAAAAAUCAGCUAAAUCAUCUAAAGUUAAAUCAUCACAAUAUGAAAAAGUUAAAGCUAAUAUAAUGGGUUUACCAAUUAGAGAAAGAAGAAGAAUUAAAAGUAUAACAAAAGAUGGUGGUAAAAAAGGAAAAAUUACUGCUGGAAUUACAUUAACUAGACAUUCAUUAUUACCUAAAAUUCCUAUGAUUCAAGAUAAAGAUGAACAACAAUUACAAGUUAAUAAUCUUGUUCAAUGGCAACAAGAUGUUGUUAAUGGUAUAAAUACUCCAAUUGCCAUUGAAAAUUAUGAAUUACCUGAUAUGGAUAAUUUAUCAAAAAGAAUUUUAAUGACAAUGCGUGAAUAUGGAUUAACUGGAGGAAUUAAUUCUCAUGUAUUAGAAGUUCUUACAUUAGGAUUAAAUUCUCAUCUUAAAAGUAUUAUAGAAAGUGCUAUUGAUGUUGCAAAAUAUAGAAAAACAAAAUAUACUAGUAAUGAUUAUUUAAUUGAAUUACUGAAAAAUGAUGAAAAAUCUAAAGAAGGUAAUUCAUUAAUAACUUCUGAAUCUAAAAAACGAAAAUUUGAUGAUUUAGAUGGUCCUUCAUCUUCUAAAGACAUUACAUUAAAUAUUGAAGAUAUGUAUGAUACAUUUGAAAUAUUUCCUCAUUUAAUAGAACCUUCUGGUCCUAAAUUAAGAUUAUCAAAUGUUUUACUUGAAAAUGAUGAUUCAAUUGGUUAUAAUUCUUUGGAUUAUAUAUUACCUCCAAAGCCUCUUCUUACUACAACCACAGCCAUUACUUCUGUUGGUUCAUCUGUAGUUUCAACUUCAGCUCCUUCAACUACUGAUUCGGUUAAUCCAGUAAUUGUUAAUGGUACAGUUAAGAAGGAUGAAUUAAUUAAAUCGGGAAAUAAUGAUAACAAUAAUAAGAUAAAUGAAAUCAAUGGUUCAUCAACAGUAGAUAAGGACAAUUCUACCAAUGGUGAAUCUAAAUCUGAUUCAAUUAAAAAGGAAGAAUCAGUUACAAGUUCAAUUACAACUGGAACUACAACUACUAAAGUUCCACCUAUUACUAAUACCCCAACCAAUUCUACAUCAUCAAUUAAUACUUCAAUUAGUCAAAUAUCAUCAUCUAACUUAUCAAUCCCUAGAUCAGAUGCUCAUAUAGGUACAACUGAUGAGUUGAAAUGGGUUCUUCAUGAUCUUAUCACUUCUAUGUAAGUAUAAUUACAUUAUUCAAUUCUUUUCUUUUAAGUACCCUACUUGUUUAUAUUACCUUUGUAUUAUUUUAAAUUAUUUUCAUUCUAUACCUGUCUAAUUACAUACAUCUAUA